AUGUACCGACCCACAACCGCUACCAGACUCAGUGUGGCUCCCUGCCGACUCAUCAUAAGACACAAGUCAUCCAAGUCACCAUCUCCCGCCUCCAACGUGGCUCCCCAGCCCGUGAAGAAGGGCGAAGAAGACGAGGUCAAGGCCGACGCCAAACCCGAGGCAGCUAAUAAAGCUCCACAGCCCAAGACCGCCUCCACAACUGCUACAUCCACAUCCACUACAUCCACCGCUGCAUCUUCGCCUGCCCCCUCGGCACCAGCUCCUCCAUACGAGAACAACCCUUACAUGUUCAGUCGUAGCCACUUCACCCCAAACUUCUCGCGACACCAGAGUGGCAACACUUCGUCCCCCACCCGCAUUCUCGGCAUCCAGCCACACCCCUUCACCGUCAAGGAACACACCGGAGAGUCCAUGAACGAGAUUUUCCUCCACAAGGCGCUCGCCUCACACAUGCAGCCUCUGCUGCUGAGCCUGGACGACCGAAAGAGAGAGAUCCCCAGCAAGGUGUACAAGUUCCGAAACCAGCGACAGGUUCCCAAGGCCGAAAAUUCGCUGUGGCUCAAGUCUGUGCUGCGACAGCAGACGCACUCAGACAUGGACCUCAUUCCCCAGGAAAUGCUCCAGCAGAUGGUGCCCUUCCGGCCUCUCAGUGACGUUACCCGAAAGUUUUGGGACGUCAAGAUGAAGGUUGACUUCAAGCGGCAGCAGCAGCGGAAGCAGGAGCCAGAAGAAGAGGAGGAUGACUCCUACUGA